AUGCUGAAGUUGAUCAGCGUGGUCUGCCUGGCUUUGCCCUGCUUCGGGCAGUUUCCAGGACCACCUCGUGGCGUCAAAGUCAUCGAGGCGCACUCUAGCAACACACUCAUUAGCUAUAAGAAAACGACGAUCUGCGAAACCACUCCGGGCGUGAAUGCAUAUGCAGGCUACGUUCAUCUGCCUCCGGAUACCUUACUGGACUCCGGCUUUAAGCAGACCGAUCCGAUCAACACAUUUUUCUGGUUCUUCGAAAGCCGAAAGGAUCCCAGGAACGCGCCUCUGACAAUCGUCCAACUGGGUGGACUUGGCGUGUCUCCCUUGUCAGGCCCACUUGUCCUCAAUGGCCCAUGCAUUGUCGAACCGGAUUCCAACUCUACCAGCUUGAACUCAUGGUCUUGGAACACAGACUCGAAUAUGCUGUAUUUGGAUCAGCCCGUCAGUGUUGGAUUCUCUUACAAUUCUCUGCAGAACUAUACUGUGGAUCUUGUGAGCAACGAAUUUACCGAGCUGAACAAUGUAGACGAGAUCCCCAAGCAGAACACAACAUCUCUUGUGGGAACUUUUUCGAAACCAGGAGAGACAAACGUGGUGUCCACUCUCACUGCUGCAGCAGCCAGCACGUGGCACUUCCUUCAAACUUGGGUGCAGGAGUUUCCUCACUACGAGCCGAAAGACAGGAGAUACAAUCUGGCGACCGAUGGUGGCUCGUCUGGACCGACGUUUUUCGAAUAUUUCGAGCGACAGAACGAACGUAUUCGCAAUACAGAUGGCCAGAGCGCGAGCAAACAAAUGGUACUGACUCUCGACACACUGUUUAUGACAAGCCCAUGCACCGAUCCAAUGAUGUACCAAUCAUACCCAGAGAUCGUGCAGAACAACACCUACGAGAUAGAAAUCGUCAACGCUUCGAUUCGCGGUCAAAUGCUAGAUAUGCUGUACAAGCAAGAUGGAUGCCUAGACCAGCUUUGGAAAUGCGGAAAUCUAUCUCAGAUCUACGAUCGUGAAGGAACAGGAGCCAACGCAUCGGUGAACCAAGUCUGCGCAGAUGCUAAUCAGCUUUGUAACAAGAUGCGGCAGUUACCUUUAGACGUCUCUGGCCGCAACAUCUUCGACUUCACUUCGCGCAAUAGCCGUGUUCUCGAUCAAUUCUACGAAGGCUAUCUCAACCAUCCGCAUGUACAAGACGACCUUGGUGUACCUUUGAACUGGACUUCGUACUCCGAAGCAGUCAGGAACGCUUCCUUGUCUACGGCACAGGCUUUUCAUCGGAAUCCUGACAGGAUAGCAUACCUACUCGAUCGUGGAAUCAAAGUCCAUUUGAUGUAUGGCGAUCGUAGUUAUGGCUGUAACUGGCUCGCCGGAGAAAACUUCUCUCUCAGAGUAAAUUAUGCCCAUGCUUCUCAAUUCCGCUCCGCAGGCUACGCGCCGAUCAGCGUCAACACUUCUUGCACCGUUGCUGGGCAAGUCCGGCAACAUGGGAACUUUUCCUUCUCGCUUGUGUACGAUGCUCCACUGGCGGUUGCAGCAUAUCAACGUGAGACUGCUUUUCGUGUAUUCGAUCGUGCUCUGAACAAUCUGGACAUCGCUACUGGCAAGAUUCAAAUGAGCGAAAGAUAUCAGACAAAUGGGCCACAGAAUAUUCGUGAUAUGAGACGGGAGGUCCCGAAACCGGCACUGGAUUACUGCUACACCUUGUCACCAGGAGAGGGCUGCACAGAUGAGCAGAUCGCUAUGCUGGAAAAUGGUACUGCAGUCGUAAAAGACUUCAUCUUGGUUGAUCGGAAUUCUACGGAACUGUUUCCUGAGGUUGUUGGGACUUAUUGA